GAGAAUUCUACUUUGUAAGGGUUAUGAUCCCUAAGCGCGGCCCAAGGCCGCCUACGCAGUAAGAAGUGCUGGGCGAAAGAAACGUAUGAUAUCACCCACACUUGUCACUUGCUUGUAAAUGCUUUUAAUUUUAUUUUAUCAUUGAAUUGUUAAACCUCAAAAGUAGAUCAUAAUAAAAUAUGUAUAUCAAAUUAAAGAUAUGAACUUGCACUUUCUAAAUGAUCGGCCCUAUUCCCGUUGGCGUUGUCGUUUUAAAACGAAAUAAGAACGACAAGUUGGCAUCACCGUUGGCGUUAUCGAAGUUUAUCGGAAAUAUAUCGGUAUUCUCCAUUUUGAAACGAAGAUAGGAACGCCAUAGAAACAUUCGUCUACUGUCGUCCGCAUUUUUUAGAACGAAAGCGAAAGGAUUGCGAUUUUAAUAAAGUUAAAAUGAAAAUUACUACCGUGCAGCAAUUUGAUGUUUUAGUUUCCGAAAUGGAAAAGAAUCCCGCGUACGCCAAAGGUUUUAGGAAGGGCAUAAAACCUCUUAACUUCAACAGUUUUUGGAACGUGGUUGCGGAAAAAGUAAAUCCUUUUGGACCUCCAGUUCGUGAUGGAGAAGGUUGGCAUAAAGUAUGGAAGGACUUGAAAUUCAAGGUAAAGAAAAAACUGGUCAACAACAAAACCGAAGCGAGAGCAACAGGAGCCAAUAGACAAAUGCAACUGUCUCUACUGGAAGAAGCGGUGGCAAAUUUGUUGCAGUUUGAGCAGCAAAUAAACCCCAAAGGGAGUGAGUUGGGUUUGGUUGAAGAAACCGAAAUUGAUGAGUUGCUUAACCUUGAUGAAACGACUGCGAGUUCUCAAGUACAGGCAAAUGCAGAAAACGCCGAAGAAUACGUCAUCGAAGAAUAUGUGGAAGAUGAAAUACCCACAGUUUCAACAAGAGUGCGGUCCUCAAGAAGCACAAAACCUGCAGAAAAAGAAAGAAUUGAGCUGUUGAGUAAGCAGACCGAAAUACAGGAAGUGCAGUGCGACCAUUUACAGUCCAUUAAGGGAUACAUGAAAGAUGUUUCCAGAUACCAAAGAAAAAGGUAUGAGAUAGAAGAAGAACGCCUAAAAAUUUACAAAAGGAAAGUGCGUAAAGAGGAAGAGCUUUUGGAGCUGGAUGCUGCAAUAAAAAGAAAGAUGUUGGAGUUAUUGGAGAAACAAUUAAGUUCCAAUAUCUAAUUUAUUUCAUUUGAAUUUUUAUUUAUUUUGUAUGAAGUGUUUUUUUCUUUUUUUACUUUAAGUAUGUAUGUAUAUAGUAUGAAUUAAAAAAUAUAACUUAUAAAGACAAAUUGCUUUUAAUCACAUCUCUUAUUCUGGAAGCCUCUGAGCUACUGCCUGCCUCAUUUUCAUUAAUAAUGGCAGAAUUUUCUGCUUCUUCGAAAGGCGUUUGUAGAUCAUCUUCAGGAAAGUAAGUAUUGUAGUGAAGACAAAUAUUGUGGAGAGCAGCACAAGCGUUUACGAUUUUAGUAAUUUUUUGGGGAUCAUAGUGUAACUCACGCGCUCCAAGGAGGCAGCGAAAUCGCGAUUUGAGUACUCCAAUCACUCACUCAACAAUAUUUCUGGCUUUGGAAUGAACGGAAUUGUAGCGGCUUUCCGCACUGUGUUCAGUCGCUGAUCUAUAAGGUGUCAUUAGAAAUGGUUCUAAUGGGUAACCCGCAUCGCCUAAAAACUUGUAUGUAAAACUCAUUUCAAUAUUAAUUGUAAUUUCAUACCAAGAAUCCACGAAUUACGUUCACCAGCUUCAUAUUUUUCCUGUAAAAACCUUCUUACUCGGCUGGUAUUCCAAAUUAAGGAAUCGUGUCCAGAGCCUGGAUGUCUACGUAUCUUAUACGCAUUUUAUGAUCACAGAUCUAAUACAAAAAAGAAUAAAUAGUUAGUUAUCACUUCCAUAAAUUACAUUCAUUCAAGUAUUUACAAUCAUUGCAUUUACGCUAAAGAAACCUUUUCUGUUGUAGUACAAAUGUUGAGAGCUUUUGCAGGGACCAAUUACACUGGACCACAAAUUUCAACUUUUUCUCUUUGCCAGAAACGCCGUUAUGAAAUUCUUAUGUAAAAUC